AAAAGGAGCAUGAGGCUCUGGACCUUGGUCACUAGAGUCUUGCUAAGGCUUUGGGGGACUUAUGUGUCUGCGGGAAGCACUGGCUGGCGGGAUUUCCUCCAACAUUUGGGAGUUUGCUGCUUUGUGGCUUUCCUUUCCGUGAGCCUCCUCUCAGCAGCCUUCUUCUGGGUUCUGCCAUCUGUCGCGGGACUCUCUGCUGUCUGGAUGGUCACCUGUGUUUUUCUGUGCUGUUCCAAGCACGCUCGAUGCUUCACUCUUCUCGCCUUUCUCUCUUGUGGCCUCCGGAAAGGUAGGAACGCUUUGAUUGCAGCUGGCACAGGGGUGGUGAUCUUUGGACAUGUGGAAAAUAUUUUUUAUAACUUCAGACGUCUCCUAGACAGUAUGACUUGUAACCUAAGAGCGAAGAGCUUGUCCGUACAUCUUCCACUUUUAAAACGAUAUACCGAAGCCAUUCAGUGGAUUUACGGCCUUGCCACUCCACUCAAUCUAUUUGAUGACCUUGUUUCUUGGAACCAGACUCUGGUGGUCUCUCUCUUUAGCCCCAGCCACACCCUGGAGGCUCAUCUGAAUGACACUAAAGAAGAAGUCCUGAGCAUCCUGCACCAUAUGGUGGAAACCACGGAGCUUCUGUCGUCCUUGGGUCAGAAGCUGCUUGCCCUCGCCGGGCUCCUGCUCAUCCUCCUCAGCACCGGCCUCUUUCUGAAGCGAUUCCUGGGCCCCCGGGGCUGGAAGUAUGAGAACACCUAUAUCACCAGACGAUUCGUUCAGUUUGAUGAAAAGGAGAGGCUCCAACAGCGGCCCUGCGUCCUCCCGCUGAGUUCGAAGGAAAGGAAGAAAUAUGUCACCGUCCCAUCUUUGCAGCUGGCUCGGAAAGAGAGGAAACACCUGGGGCUGUUUUUCCUUCCUAUCCUGACCUAUCUCUACAUGUGGGUGCUGUUCGCCGCUGUGGAUUAUCUACUCUAUCGACUCAUUUCCUCCGUGAACAAACAGUUCCAAAGCCUGCCAGGGCUGGAAGUUCACUUGAAACUGCUCGGAGAGAUGCGAGGACCUCGAGGCGUCAUCCAUGAUUCCUCCUUUAAUAUAUCUAUGUUUGAACCCAGCUGCAUUUUUAAACCACGGCUCAGUGUGUCUGAGACUUGGGUUCCUCUCAGUAUUAUUCUUAUUACACUAACAAUAUUAGGACUGUUGUCUUCCAUGCUGAUGCAGCUUAAAAUUCUAGUGUCAGUAUCCUUCUACCCUGAAGUGGAGAGGGAGCGAAUCCAAUACCUCCAUGCAAGGCUACUUGAGAAAAGGUCAAAGCAGCCAGUGGGCGAAGCUGAGAGGAAACCGAUCCUGUGCUUUAAAGAGAUUCAUUUUUGGCUUCCAGUCCUGAAGAUGAUUAGGAGGAAGCACAUGAACGCUGCAAACAAAGAUGACCCGUGA